GGUGCGUGGUGACGCCAGGGCGUGCGCUCGGUGGCUCGUAGGGGAAGAUGGCGGCUGCUCUUUUGGAGGAGAGGGAUUGAGAGGGGAGGAGGGAAGAGGCUAGAUGCGAGAGACCUUCCCGGCGGUGGAGACGAACUCUUCGCUCGCCAUUCAUUAGGAGCUUUGCUCAGCGUCGGAGGUGUCCUAGAACGAAAACUUCACCAUGGCUACAGAAAUUGGUUCUCCUCCUCGUUUUUUCCAUAUGCCAAGGUUCCAACACCAAGCACCUCGACAACUCUUUUAUAAGCGACCUGAUUUUGCACAGCAGCAAGCAAUGCAACAGCUUACUUUUGAUGGAAAACGGAUGAGAAAAGCAGUAAACCGAAAAACCAUAGACUAUAAUCCAUCUGUAAUUAAGUAUUUGGAGAAUAGAAUAUGGCAAAGAGACCAGAGAGACAUGCGGGCAGUUCAGCCUGACGCAGGUUAUUAUAAUGAUCUGGUCCCACCUAUAGGGAUGUUGAAUAAUCCUAUGAAUGCAGUAACAACAAAAUUUGUUCGAACAUCAACAAAUAAAGUAAAGUGUCCCGUAUUUGUUGUUAGGUGGACUCCAGAAGGAAGACGUUUGGUCACUGGAGCUUCUAGUGGAGAGUUCACUUUGUGGAAUGGACUCACCUUCAAUUUUGAAACAAUAUUACAGGCUCAUGAUAGCCCAGUGAGGGCCAUGACUUGGUCACAUAAUGACAUGUGGAUGUUGACAGCAGACCAUGGAGGAUAUGUGAAAUAUUGGCAGUCGAACAUGAACAACGUCAAGAUGUUCCAGGCACAUAAGGAGGCGAUUAGAGAGGCCAGUUUCUCACCCACGGAUAAUAAAUUUGCUACAUGCUCUGAUGACGGCACUGUUAGAAUCUGGGACUUUCUUCGUUGCCAUGAGGAAAGAAUUCUCCGAGGAAGAUGACCGAUGAGUAUGAAAGCAGACUGCAUAACAGUUUUUGGCUGAUGUGGGGAUAUCACUUGUAACUUUGGCUUUAUUAGCAAUGCCAUACCGCAGCCAACCAAGCCGAAGACUAAAUGCAACAUUAAGAUGCACUGUUUUCAUCAGUCAUGCAUGGCAGCAAGUAUUUUCUGUGUAUCGCACGGAAGUAAGAUUCGGAGAGUAUUGUAAGGUCUGGAUUCACACAUCCCCACCAUGUGCCAGAUGGAAGGCUGAGAUCUGUGGUGCAACAGUGUUGGGGGAGUGGAGGGGUGGAAAGGUAAGGAAAGAACUGGGUGGGAUUAAUGUGGAAGUUAUCUUCUUGAGGUUUUCUGCCUUUACAAAGGUAAUAAACAUUCAUAAAAAGUUCACACAAUUAGAAGUGAAAGCUCUGUCUCUCCCCUUUUUCAGUCUCAUGUCCAGAGUUCAUCACUAUUCUGUUAAUAGUUUGGUGUGUAUGUUUCCACAGUUCUUACGCAUAUACAAAAAGGUAUACAUUAAAAAAACUACAUGAAAUGGGAUUAUACCACACAUAUAUUCUUCUGCUGUUUGCUUUUCUCCCACUACAAUAUAUCACGGUCAUGUUUCCGUGUCAUUACUACCUCAGUCUUUUUAGGUAACUAUAACAUUCCAUAGCAUGUAUCUACCAUAACUUACAUAACCAUUCUCAUUGACAGACGUUUAGGAUUUGCAAGAGGUUUAGAGUUGUACACUAAGCUUUCUUGUACCUUUUUAUUUGUUCCCACUCAUGUAAGUUUUCCUUUAGGAUAGACCGCUAACCGUGAACCUGAUGGAUCAAAGACUAUGAACAUUUAAGCUUUUGGGAGAUACUUCUUAGUUGUCCUCACAGUCCUGGAGUCCUUAAUGAUAAAGUUUAAGAAUGUUGUUGUGGUCUAGCCAAAAACUAAAGAUGACAGGGUUAACAUUUUAGGAUUUUCCCACCAUUUAAGAAUGCAAUCUUAUUUUUAAAAGUUACAAUCUGCUCACAUGGUAAAGUCUUUUCUCCAACAUCAUAGCAGGAUGGAAUUUGAAACAUAAAAAUCUGCCAAUCCAUUACGACUCCCCAGAGAUAAAAAUUUUAAGCCAAUUUGUUUUUAUUCCUGUGGUUACCAUCAGAAUUUAAAAUAAUAUUUCUUGGUAUAUCUGUCUGAUAUGGUGUCUCUUUACUUCCUGUCAUGAAAGAUGAAGAGUUUCAUGUACUUACACCACCAACUGCCUUCUGCCUCCUGGGUUUUAUCAUUACAAAUUAUAGUUGUUUUGAUGGUUUCUGAUAGCUUUCGAUGUGCUUAUUAGUUCAUUAGUUUUUCGGGCCACCAACUUUAAGCAACCUCCUUUGACUCACUCACCUUAUGUUACAUGAGGAAACACAUGCCCCUCGGUGUCUUUCUACUUUCUCUCCUCCCUUUACUUUUAGACACUGCCAAAGAUUUUAGUUUGCGUUAGUUUUUCUUGCAAUUUCUAACUACUUCCUCGUUUUUUUGUUUGUUUGUAAUGUCACCAAAAGCAUUUAAAAAUUCUUUUAGUUUUGCAGUGACAGUACAUGAAUUUUGGUUUGUUUGUUUAUUUGUUUGUUUUAGUGCAAAAAAAAAGUGAUUUUAUUAAAGCAUGGGGACAGGACCUGGGGGCAGAAAGCUGCCUGUUUUUAUUUUUGAAGACAUUCUUUAGCCGGCUCUCUGACUUCCUGCUUUGAUUUGAACUGUCUUCUGGGCCAGUGACUGCAGUCAUACUGGGAUUUCUUUGGCUUCCUUUGUUAAGUCCACUCAUUUUUUCUGUUUAAUUGACAUUACAUCAGAAAAAAAAAAUUUUUUUCUGGAGACAGUGUUUGGGAGAUAAAUUUCAAAAUUCUUAGUGCCUGGAGAGGUGUAUAAUUUGCCAUCAUAUUUGACUCAUAGUUUGGGUUGUGAAUUCUUGCUUCUAGAAUACACCUCAGAAUUUUGAAGGCCUCUAUUAUCUAUCAAUUUCAGAUGUUAUUCUGAUUCUCAUUAUUAUGCGUAUAACCUAGAUUUCCUUUCUGAAUGUUCUUGAAAUGAUUGCUCUUUCUCUGUCAACUUCUUUUCUUACUGUACCCACACUAAGGUGUAAGUAUUUUAUUAUUUAUUUAUUUUUUUAAGAAAGCUUGAAUGGUAGAAGGAGAGAGAGACUCUUAAGCAGGCUUCACACUCAGCAUGGAGUCCACUGUGGGGCUUUUACUCAUGAUCCUGAGAUCAUUACCUGAGCCAGAAUCAAGAGAUGGAUGCUUAACUGACUGAGCCACUCAGACUCCCCAUAUAUUUUAUUUUAUUUAAAAAUUUUAAAAAGUGUUUAUUUUUAAGAGAGAAAGAGGAAAGAGAGAACACGCAGAGGAGGGGCAGAGAGAGAGAGAGAGAGAGAGAGGGAGAGGGAUAGAGAGAAUCUCAAGCAGGCUCCAAGCUGUCAGCUCAAAGCCCAACUUGGGACUUGAACUCAAUGCACUGUGAGGUCAUGACUUGAGCCAAAAUCAAGAGUUGGUCGUUUAACCGACUGAGCCACUUAGGUGCCCCAGCCCUUAGCAUUUUAAACUUUUAUCUUUUUGGGCUCACUUUAAUCUACAAUUUCAAAUCUUUCUUUCAAAGAGUUUUUCUUCUUUCUUUGAUUAUCAUUUUCUGUUAUCUCUUGUAGAACUUUUAAUAUAUUAAUGUUGGGGCUCUUGGAGCUAUCUGCCUUGUAUUAACUGUUCCUUUCAUAUUUUGUUUCUCUCCUUUCCUCUUAAGAAUUGGGAGAUUUCUUCUGUUUUUAUCUUCAGAAUAUUAACUUUAGUCAUGCCCAGUCUGUUCUGUAGCCCUUCUGAUGAAAUUUUAAUUUUACCACUGUGUGUAAUUUCCAAGAUGUCCUAGUGGUUCCCUGGUAUUUUUGUUUUUCAUAGUGACCUGCUUUUUUUGUUUGUUUUAAAUGAAUAUACCCCUUUAAGUUUUUAGCAUAGCAAUCAGCUUAUUUGGUUUGGUUUGCCUUGGUCUUGUUCCUGUUUGUUUUCCCUGGGGUAACUUAAUCUUUCUUUUUUCCUGGUCUUUCUCUUUCUUCCUGUUUGACUUUUCUCAGAUGUUCAGUGAUCCUUGGUUGGUUAAAUAUUUGAAUGAAGAUUUGUAUUGGUUAGCAUAAGUUGCUGUCUUUCAUUUCUUUUACCAUUAAAUAAGUCCACUUAUCCCAGAGUCUUCUCCCCUGGAUGCCAGCCCUCACUGUUGACUGUGCGUGCAUGGUGGGGGUGGGGGUGGUGAUGGUGGGAAGGACAGGCAUGGAGUGAGCAGCGGCUGCCACAAGCCACGGUUAAGUGGAUUGUGUUACGAGGUGAAAUGCUUGGUUGACUUCACUCUCAGAUAGAAUGCCUCUUCUCCUUUCUCCCUCCUCCUCAUCCUCCUUCCCUCUCUAGUCUCCUCUUUCCCCAUUCACUCUUCCUCUUCCUUCCCUUCUGUCCUUGCUUCGGGGUCAUAGUGCGGCAUUGCCUCAAGCUAUGUGCUGCUUUCUCCUCCAGUCUUAAAUCCUGUUCUUGGGUUUCUCCCAAGACUUAACUUCUGCUUUGUUUAGAAAGCUGUUGUCUGACUUUAACUGAAGGUGGCUGUUCUGUAUAAAUGAGAGGUCAGCAGGGGCCUGGACAAGUCACUUUAUGGAAGCUUCUGUAAUUAUCCUCACUACAACAUCACAGCCUUUGUCAUUGAACUGUCUUGGAGCCUAGAGUCUUUUAUUGUUUAUUUUUUAGUAAUCUCUACACCCAGUGUGGGGCUUCAACUCACGACUCCGAGAUCAAGAGUCACAUGCUCUUCCAGCUGAGACAGCCAGGUGCCCCCAAGUCUCUUAAAGGCCUCUAACAGUCUGCUGUGUAUUUAGGGUUUGGUUUGUUUCUGCUCUGGUUUAUUCUUCAGUAAUAAGCCCACUUAUUUUUUGAGAAUGCUCACACUUGGCUUGAAGUUUUUUGAAAUUUUAAUAAAAUUAGUGGUCUUGGGAAAUAAGUGCCUCCACUGUAAACCUUUGAAAGUAAAGGAGGGGCUUGUAUACACCAUUUCAUUUAGUACUAAAAUCAUGAUUUAUUUUAAGACAUAAUUUCUUUUUCACAUCAGUGACCUUUAGAAAUAAAAUAAAUAGAAAUAAAGCAAUUUCCAUUACUUCCCUCCUGGCAUUUUUCCUACUUACAUCAUUUCUCUAUAUCUUAAAAAAUAGUAUGUAGUUAAAUUUUUAAUCAUGUAUUUGAAGCUUAAGAUAAUACAUGGCAGUGGGGGAUUUAGAGGUAAGUGAUCGAGUAAAAUGACUGAAAGACACUUGAGUUAAACCUGGUAUUUUUCCUGUAGGUUUCUUUCUCCCUAGAAAGGAGUUAAUAUUCUUUAAAAAAGAGAAACUGCAGAGAAUCGUCAAACAUCUCCUCCAUACAUAUAAAAGUUAGUCUCUGUGUUGGAGACUGCAUUAUCUUAGUCUAGUGGAAUCCGUUAUAGCAAAAGUAUUAUCUGUCUUUCUUAGUUACUUAAAACAUAGUCAAAGUCAUUCAGGCAAUGACGGCCCCCGUUUUCGAUUUUCCAGUUCUGAGAGAGACACGGCAUGAGAUCAAGUCUAAAACUUGGUUUGGAUGUUGGUCAUUGGAGCUCAAUGUUCGUUUCUCAGAGGUCAUUUGAAAACUGAAAUUUAGCUAAAUCUUAAGUCUUCCUUUGUGGAAGUAGUUUUAAAUCGAGCCAUUUUCUGCUUUCCUGUAUUCUGUUCAUAGUAGGAAGAGCUCUUGCUGGAUAACUGACUCUGGAAAUAUCUGUCCUCAUGGUGGAAUUUUUCAGGGCAGAGACUGAAGCAAAAUAAGAGCAUUUGUUGACUGUUCAAAAUGUGUGCCAGGCAUGAUGAUAAGUUAUUUAUAUAGCUCGCAUUUAAUUCCUGAAACAACCCAAUAAUUGAGUAUUAACACUUAAAAAUAUUAAGGCUUAGCAUGGGUUAAGUAAAUUACACAAGGCUGUAACUGGUGACAUCUGAUGUUUGAACAGGUCAGGUUUACUGCAGGUUUUUAAAAAAAUGUUUAUUUAUUUUAAGAGAGGGACAGAGAGAGAGAGAGUGGUAAUCCUAGGCAGGCUCUGUGCUGUCAGUGCAGAGGUAGGGCUCGAUCCCGCGAAGUGGGAGAUCAUGACCUGAGCCAAAAUCAAGAGUCGGAUGCUCAACUGACUGAGCCACCCAGGUGCCCCUACUCCAUAUUUUUUACCAGUAACUGCUGUAUAAUGUAUGAGCACUAAACAAUGUACCAAUAUGAAUUAAAGUAUAUUUAAUACAUCUUUGCUUUCAAAUAAUACUGUUUUGGCACUGUACCUGUGCUCCUACUGGACAAAGCUAAUUUCAUCUUUUCUUCCUAUGGAGGGAAGUCUAGUAGACUAUAUGGAAAUUAGAAUUUUUGUGAUUCUGUGUUGAUGCUGCUCAGAGAGGAGGGCAGAAUUAACCAUUGAUCUCUUUUCCCUAAGAAAACAAUUUUGAUUUUUAAUACAAUGUACAUGGAUGUAUUUUUUGCUCUCUCAGCUUUUCAUUAUUCAUUCAGUAAAAUACAAGAAGAUGGCAGAUUUUAAUCACCUCAAGGAAAUGCUGGUAUUCUUUAUAAUAUAUUAAGUUUAACUUAAAGCGGUUUGGAUUUUCACAUUUCCUACUAAGUAUUUAUUACUUGGUUUCCACAUUUCUAGAAUGGUAAAUAUUUUUUUCUUUCUGAGAUCUGUGGGAGAAAUUAAAAAAAAUUAUUGUAUGUCUUCAUUUCAUGUUUACCUUUAAAAGAGGCAUUGACUGGGUAGUGAAUUCUAGAUUCAGAGUCUCCCUCCACCCCCGCACCCCCAACUUUAGCACUGUCAAGAUCUUGUUCCAGUCUUCUUGGAGCUAGUGUUUUGAUGAGAAGUUUUACUCUGUCUUUAAAAACAAAUUUUUUUAAUGUUUAUUUAUUUUGAGAGAGAGGAGGGGCAGAGAGAGAUGAGAGAUGAGAGAGAAACUCAAGCAGGUUCUGCACUGUUAGUGCAGAGCAUGAUGCAGGGCUCAAUCCCAUGAACCAUGAGAUCAUGACUUAGGAGAAAAUUUUAUGGUACUUUGUAGAAUGUCCCUCAAUUGGGAUUUAUCUGAUAUUUUUCUCAUGAUUGGUUGUGGUUUUAUGGGAUUUGAGGCGGAACAUCACAGAGGUCAAGUGCCUUUUUCAUUACCUCAGAGCAAGGAUGUACACUAACAACAUGACCUGAUGACCUUGAUCACGAGGUUGAGGCAGUGUUUGUCAGAAUUGUCCAGUGUAAGGCUACUCUUUCUCUGCCUUCCCCUGCUGUGCUCUUUGGAAGGCAGAGUCAUGAAGCACAGCCCACAGUUAAGGUGUGGGAAGUUCCACUUCAUGUCCUUGAGGGUGCAGUAACUACAUAAGUUAUGUGGAAUUUUCAUGCACAAGAGAUUCAACUCUUCUCCCCACUCUUAUUUGUUUAUUCAGUUAUUUAUGUCAUUGUGGACUCAUAUUUAUUUGAUUGUUUAUACUAUGAUGGAAGCUAAGUAAUAUCACCAGCUCCCAGCUGAGGUUUUGUUUUCUUAUUUCUGCUUUGAAACAGAAAGGGAGAUAAUAGUCAAGAGCCAGUUGGAGUGUUGAUGCCAUCUCGGAUUACGUAUUUAUAGAAAAAGUUCUUAGUAAUAAUAGCUUGAAAUUACAGUCUGCUGGGAAUCAUGUGGUAGACACCUGCCUCCAGCAGUUACUUAGGGGUUUGUGUAACCUUGUUCUGAUACAGGUAAAUUUCUUUUAAGUUUGCCAUUGUUACCUUCCUUAGUGGUAGAUGAAAAGGGCUUAUAGGGAGCCAAAAAUGUGCAAAUAUACACAAGUAGAUACUGGCAAAACUCAAGAGAUUCACAGUACAGUUGAUGUUGGGCAUAACUAUGAUUAUCAUGGGGUUAAUUAAUUACUUCUAGUUUGGUCAGGAUUCCUUAUUGCUUUUGUGUACCUAAACCUCCAACUUUAAAAAACAGUGACCUUAAUCUGGCCAGUUGAGGGUGAUGAAUCAGUUUACUUUUUAAAUCUUUUUUUCAGAAGGAAAGCUUUCCCAAAAAAUGCCUUAAAGUAUGAUUUAAAAUUACUCUUGUUUUCCUUUUGUGAUUCUGCCUUUUCUUCUUUAUUAGGGGUUUCAGGCAUGGCUUCUUUUCACUUUUGGCCAAGGUGUCUGUCUACUGGUGCUCGUGACUCUGUUGUUAAUGUGGUACACCAUAGGUGCUACUCUUUCUGGGAGUCUUGGGAGUCUUGGUAUUGCCAGGCCUUCCCAUCAUUCUUUCCAAGAUUUUUUUGUUUGUUUGUUUUUAUACUUUCUUUUCUAGUUUUUCAAGUGGUGACUAUAUGCUUCUUUUCGUGAUUCUUUAAGACUAUUACAUCAUCUGUAUAUUAAUACUGAAUUAUGAAUGUGUGCAGAAAUGUUUGCUAGAGAACUUCUGAUCUUACACACACACACACACACACACACACACAUAUAUAUAUAUAUAUAUACCAGUGCACACUUUCUUAUAAAGGACUUUGUAGCUGGUUUCUGCCAUGUGUAUGGGACACCAGGUAGCUCCCAUCUCAGACUAAUGGCUCCUGUGCUUUGUGAUACUGGUUGUUAAUAUUUGGGACAGUAAAAUAGCAAUGAGAUUGAAAGAAUAUUUGGUUGCAUUCUUUCCCUUUAGGCUUCUUUGAUGAAUAUUGUCCAAAAUAGCCUUGUAAUUUUAUUUUUUUUGGAAUAUUUUAAAAGAAGAAAAACCAACAAAGAGUUUGCUGGUUGGCAGAAAACAUGAUGCAAUGUUCCUGCUUUUUGAACUGAAGCAUAUAGAGUGUUGACACUCAUUCUUUACACUAUCAGGCAGUGUUUUGGGGGGAAAGUGUAGAGUUUCCUGUUGUAUCAAUCAUCUCUUAAUUGUUUUUCUCCCUUACAUAAUUCACAAGAUUUUUCUAAAUACAGUCUUUUAAAUUGACUCAGAGAAGCUGUGUUUUUCCUCUGUUACACCCUUCCCCCACAUUAUUGUGUAAGUUCAGUAGCAGUCUGACAUGUAAGUUUUAGCAAACUUACACCUGUAUAUGUUUUUAUUGGGCUCAGAAAUUAUUUAUAUGUCAUAUAUUCAUAAAACAUUUCACUUUGAUGCCAAAAGUAGCUACCUGGCAUUAAUCUUAUGACAUGUAUGCUUAAUUUCAGUUUUUAACCUACCUGACAAUUUCUUUUAGGUCAGUCUUCAUGUAAAUACAUGGUACAGAUAAAUAGAAACCAUUUUACUUGCAUAUGCAAAUUAAAUGUGUGACUUAAGUAGGAGAUUGGCAAAUUUAUGAUGUAUCUUACCCCCUUGUUUCAUUUGAAUUUUUAUGCCUGUAUACUGGAUACUCUUCUGACACCAUACAUUUCAGUUUUUUACAACCUGAUAAACACUUUUGUGUUAACACUCAGCUGUGUCAACUCCUUCCAUUUUGCCAUGCUUAUUUCUGAAUUUUUUAAAAGAAGAGCACAUUACAGACGUGGUGAAAAUCCCUUUACACGCCCUUCCCCAGUGCCCUUCCCCUCUUCCCUCAGAGGUGUCUGCGGUCCUGAAUUUGAGUUCAUCACUGCACACAAUAUAAUAAGCUAGCAUUUCAUAAUUUCCCACAUUCAUCUUCUGGGAGACUCGUGAGUGGUUUGAGGGGAAAAAAAAAACCCAUGGUCAGAUUCUCACCUGCAGAUUUGUAAUCUAUAUUGAAAGCAACUCUCAGACAUGGAAAAAAAAAAAAAACUUAAUUUUUAAAAUUCAACAUUGCCUGACUCUUUGACCACAGAACCCCUUCAUCCAAGAUUUUGUGCUCUGUUGUUGCUUGGAACAUACUCCUUGAAAACACUGCCUAGAGGUAUAAUGUUUCCAUGAUUGACUUUCCAUUUAAUUCUAUCAGUUUUUACUAAUGUCACUUUCUAGAUUUAGAUGACGGAAAUACUAAUAGUAUCACUUUCAGUUGACAUUGACAGUUGGAUUGGCUUUAAAAUCAUUUUGCAAAAAAAGGGAGGUAAAAUGUUAAUAAAUUGCCUAUUUAUUGGCCAGCGUACAAGUUAUUUAUGAUGUUUAAUUUUUUAAUGGAGUUUGCUAAUCUGUUGAAUACUAAAAUGUCUGGUUGUGGACCCUGGCAACAAAUACCCUUUGCUUUAAACUGAUCUGUCACAUUUAUGUUCCUGUGGCUGGAAGUAGAUGGAGUUUGUUGUUAUUGUUUGACACAUUUUCUUGAAUAACAGUUCUUCAACUGUUAAUGUAUGAGAUGGUACUUGAAUUCUUUGUUUGCUUUUUUUCUUCCUGUAUUAGAAAAUCUUGGUGCUUUUUGUAAGUUAUGUGUAAAAGAAAUUUUUCUUAAGAUUUGUUCAUAUACUGGCCUGAUCCAGGAGAAAUAAAAUGGGAAAAUGGACACUAUAUUUGACCUUCAAAUAAAAAUACUGGUUUUCAGACUGUU